CAACCCGGCCGUAAGGACUGCAAGAUACGAUAGCAAUAAUGCAGGAGGGAGUAGCUCGGCGAGCUCGGUAAACGAAGUGCAUGCGCCGGGUAUCUAUGACAGUGUCGUAUCCGGUUUCGAGUUUGAUUGAUUGCAUAUAGAUGUAUACCAUACCUUCUCAUGACUAAAUGUAAUUUGUGUGCUCACGUGUCACACCCUCAUGCUUCGUAUCUAUCACUCUGGGAGUCCCCACGCGACUCUUGAUUGGUUAUCAUCGCGAGCCAAUCAGAUUCACUAGUAACAGGGAUAAUAGGCUGUGAGGUGUUCAGUGAGAGAGCCAGACGGAAUUCGGCGUCCAUAGUUGUCCCUCUGUCGUGUUUUUCUCUCCUAUAAUCGAUUGGUUGAUCAGAAUGAAUGAGACUCAGUAUGGUGUCGAGAUUCCAAGCCGUAUAUUUGUCGGAGGCAUCGCAUUCGAUACCACAGAAUUGGAGCUGAAGAACUACUUCCAGAUGUACGGCAACGUAAAGGACAGCAAGAUCAUCACCGAUCGUCAGGGAGUGAGUAAGGGGUACGGCUUCAUAACGUUUGACAGUCAAGAAGAUGCCACUCGCGUGCAGGAGCAGGGAUGUGUCUACUUCCGGGAGAAGAAGUUGAACAUUGGACCGGCGAUUCGCAAACAACCCGGCGGACAAUUCCACCGUCCAAUCAUGUCGAUGCCAGGAUCGUGCGAAAGCGACCGCCACAGCGGAUCGACAUCGCCACCCCAGAUAGUCGAGAGUGUCGUCCAGCCCGACUGCACUUCAAGCGGUCACAUCUACCAACCGUAUCAUCACGCACAGCCGAGCAUACCCUACAUCGCAAACAACGGCACGUGGUACUUUCCUGAUCCGCUCCUGCAGCCGCAGCCGGGUUUCUACGUGCAGCACCUUUAUUCUCAACAGCCGCAGCACUACCAGCAGAUGCCAUCUCAAGUGCAGUGGCGUUGGCCUGCUCCUCCCAACGGCUAUACCGGAGCGACCAUCUACUACACGCCUUCCGUCAUGCCCGACAGAUACAUUAUGGACAGCGCAAUGAGUGAGCCUCUUCCCAGUCCCCCUGAACCCCUGCCGACAUUCAUCAAGCGUGAUGUGUCUCCUGUACCCAAAAUAGGAAGAAACAACGGUUUCAUCCCUCGAGGCCGACGACCACCACGAGGAAGCAACUUCAGCUCCAUCGGUCACAACAAGCCUCUUGGCAGGCCACACGCUCCUACACAACAACGUACGGUGCCACACCCACGCCAACAAGUCGAGCAGACGGAAGAUGCUGAGAAGUCACCCAAACCAGACCAAACAGACGAACCUUCUGAGAAGAGAGAUGAAAAGGUGAACUGACACAUCCUGACACAUCCUAUGGGAUACAUAUAGCGUCCAUGAACAGUGCUAGUCCAUUUAUUAUUAGAUGUAGCCAUGUCCUUCACUGAUUAUUUUUGUACGUGUGAUUUUACAUGUUUCAAUCCAAGAGCAAGUAUAGAUU